UAACUGCUUAUCAGUAUCAGUACCGACUACCGAAUCAGUUCCUGAUCAGUUUGUAAAGUGACAACUGACAAUGUCUUCUGAUCAGCUUUUAAAUCACGACAGGUUUUUACUCCCACUUUUUACUGCAUAUGCUCUCUAGUCAUCAUCUCCCAGACCGAAAAAUAUCCUUUCAUAAUUCGAGUAUCUCCUGCUUACAUUACAAUUUUAGGUUAUAUUAUCAUCAUUCCAUAGUAGUUUCUUUUGAGUUCCCUUUCUGAAGAUUUUCACCCCUUCUAGUGUGAAAUUGAAACACUUUUAACAGAAUGCACAUGUGAGCAGACACUCAGAAUGGAGUCUCUGUCUCUUAAGGCAAUUGCUUGUGUAAAUGCUAAGAUCUGUCCAACUUUCCGGUGAACACCCCGUUGAAGCGAUUUCAAAUUUCUGUGAAGUACAUUGAUACAACCAGGUCAACAUGGAGAGAGAUUUUGCCCCUCUUAGUCAAGCUUGUGUCCGAGCACUGAACGAUAAGAUGUACGAGAAACGGAAAGCAGCAGCUCUAGAAAUCGAAAAGAUGGUGAAGGAGUUUGCAUCUCACAAUAACACCGCCCAAAUCAAAAGAUUAUUGAAGAUACUUGGUCAAGAUUUUGCCGUCUCAAAAAAUCCACACUCACGAAAAGGUGGUCUAAUUGGAUUGGCUGCAAUGGCAGUUGGUUUAGGCAAGGAGACGGGAAACUACAUUGAAGACUUAAUACAUCCAAUUUUAGCAAAUUUCUGUGAAGCAGACUCCCGUGUUCGCUUUUAUGCGUGCGAAUCUUUGUACAACGUUGUAAAAAUAGCUAGGAGCUCUAUUCUUCCACACUUUGCAGAAAUAUUCAGUGCUCUAAGCAAGCUAGCAGCUGAUCCUGAUCAACAUGUAAAGAAUGGCUCCGAACUGUUAGAUCGAUUAUUAAAGGAUAUUGUGACCGAGUGUUCAACAUUCAACAUUGAUGCCUUCAUGCCGUUACUGAGGGAGAGGAUCUAUGUUCCCAAUAAUUUUGCACGCCAGUUCAUCAUAUCAUGGAUAUCAGUCUUGAAUUCCGUCCCAGAUAUUGAUCUCAUUCCGUACCUUCCAGAGAUAUUAGAUGGUCUUUUCAAUAUACUCGCCGAUCCCACUGUGGAAAUUAAUAAAAUGUGUGAAACUUUACUUGGUGAGUUUCUACGCAACAUAAAAUUGAAUCCUGAUAAAGCCAAUUUUCCAGACAUGAUCAAUGUUUUAAUUGUCCACGCUCAGUCACCAGACAGCCUGUUGCAAUAUACAGCUGUCACGUGGAUCAAGGAGUUCGUUCAGUUAUCUGGCGAUUCAAUGCUUCCAUACGUAUCCGGCAUACUCACCGCAAUUUUGCCAUGUGUAGCCUAUGAAGAAGAUUCUCAGAAACAUAUCAAAGAGGCAGCUAUAGCAGUGAAUUUCAGUCUUAUGAAACUAAUUACGAUGGAAAGCAAACUACCGCAAGGAGGAGAUGAGGCCGGCGAGAACGAUUUAAAUUUACCAUCCAUCGUUGAAGUCUUGUCUAAAAACUUGCAACACACUCCAGUAGCCACAAAAGUUGCAGUGUUACGUUGGAUAUUUCAUCUGUAUACAAAGACACCACAGAAGAUGUAUCCUCAUAUUGAUGAGCUCUUCCCUAUUCUGCUGAAAGUUCUCAGCGAUUCGUCCGAAGAAGUAGUGCAGCAUGAUCUAGAAGUACUAACUCAAAUCGUUUCAACCCCUCCUCACCAAGAGGGUGAUACUGUAGGAAAUGAAGUGAAUUCUAAAACAGUUCCAAAUCUAGGAAUCAAAUCUUCUGAAAAUGUCACAGCUAAUCCGUAUUUCAAUAAGUUUAUCACUAGUUUACUCAAAUUAUUUUUGAAUAGAAAUUUACUGGAAGAUAGAGGCUCCUUUAUCAUUAGGCAGCUGUGUGUAUUACUGAAUGCUGAAGAUAUUUACUGUACGUUGGCAAAAAUUAUUCUAGAGGAAGACAACAUAAAAUUUGCAAGCGUUAUGGUGCAGUCCCUCAACACUAUUCUACUCACAUCAUCUGAAUUAUUUCAGUUGAGGAACAGUCUCAAGGAAUUCAAAACAGAAGAUAGUUAUCGCUUAUUCGAGGUCUUAUAUGCAACUUGGUGUCAUAGCCCAAUAGCUACUUUUGCCCUGUGUUUACUAACUCAAAAUUAUGAGCAUGCCUGUGAGCUUCUACGAAUAUUUGGUGAUAUCGAGAUAACGACUGAAUUUUUAGUAGACGUGGAUAAACUAAUACAGCUGAUUGAGUCUCCAAUUUUUACUUAUCUUAGAAUUGAAUUACUUGAAGUUCCUCAUAAUCGCUAUUUGGUUCAAGCUCUGUAUGGAUUAUUAAUGUUACUACCUCAAUCUAACGCAUUCCAUACUUUGAAAAAUCGCCUUCAGUGCAUUCCGCAGCUCCAGUUCUUCCAGGCCAAUGAGUCGGAGGUCUUCAAGAAGAAAGAAUCAAUAAAAAAAUCUAACUUAGACUUUAAGAAACUGCUACAAACUUUUGUAAAUGUUCAAGAAAGACACAAACAGAUAAAAGCUGCUGCUAGGUAUGAAGCUAUAUUAGAGAAAGGUGUAAAAAAUACAGAGAUAUCGUGAUAUUAA